AGCAAAUCACUAGCGUCGCCAAUAUGGUAGUGAAAUAUAUGUACAUGACAACCGUACGAAACAGCUAGGAAGUAAAUAACGGAUUUUGUUUUAAUAAUAUCUUUUGGUGCAAAGGAUGUCUACACAGGGCCGCGGGCGCGGCUACACGGGGCGGCACCACCUACGCGAGCCGCGGCCCGGCGACACGGAUGACCGCGACGCACGUAUCCUUGCUGAACUCAGCCCGAGGACUACAGACAAACAAGAUUCAACAAAAAUGGAUACAAACAAAGUAGAUAUAAUAGCCAAGGAAGGAGAGUUUGAUAACAAAGAGGAUAUGGAUUUGAAGCCAGUCAAGUUGAGCCGGAGCAUUGAUGACGAGGACCCUGGUGUUAAGGAGUUGCUGCAUAUUGAUGAACAGUUUUUGCCGCUACUGGCUUUGCUAGAACAAUUCUCUCCGGGUGAAGAUGGAAUACAAUUCAAUAGGAAGCUGCGUAAUUUUGAAACAACGGUGACUAACAUGUGCACAGAUGAGACAAGAUUACAUAUGGCGUUCGCGUCGUUUCGAGCGGCGGCGCUGCAGAGCGCGGUGACAUGUAGAGUAUUAUUGUAUGGAAGACAAGCUAAACCAACCAAAGUUUAUUAUUUCGACGCUUUAGGGAGUUUGUCGUUAAAUCGAGGGAUGUUAAGUGUAAUUUACUCUGUAUAUUUUUUUGCAAUUUCUUUUUACUUAUCAGACUAAAUAUUCAUUGUGUUUAAUAUUUUAGAGGCUCGUCUGUGUAAUGGCAACAAAGUGCAUAUACUUGCCAGUCCCCUGCUGCAGUAUAUGCGCGCACUACUCGCUUCUGACGACGUCCGGGCACACCGCAGUCUGGCAACACAGCUCAUGCAGAACGGUCGAGAACUUCUCUCCGUUAUGUCACAUGAACUAGACGAGCUGUCUAUAUCUAUAAAACUCCGUCUACUCACACCACCACCCGUCAACAUCAUCUGGCUACUUCUAUCAGCGGAUCUCUGCCUCAACAAGUUCCUGCCCCUCCCCAACACGCUGCAGCAGUUCUACGCUGCACAUCUAGACCUCAGCAACGAGGAGAGCUUCAGCGAAGUCAGCUACGGAUCCUGGAAGAAGAGCCCAGAAAAAGAAGACUACAGAUCUGAUAGCUCUGAUGUCAGCACCGAUAAAGUUGGACAGAACCUCUCUCAAGUCAGUCUCAACCAUGAUGAUGACCCAAAGCCUAAAUUAAGACCGAUAUUAGGUGCAGGAGCAGGACUUCUAAGACAGGAACAAGCGUUAUCCCAAGAAACCUUCGAUUCAAGAGUUGCUAAGACGAGCCUCUCCAAAAGAUAUGACUUAAACUCCUGGAGACAGGCGGAAGAAGAGAAACAGGAGGAAAUAGAUCCAUUGUUCAAUCCGAAUGUGAUGCCGCCAGCAAUGCAGACAUACCCAGUAACAGUACCUGAUUACCCACCACCGAAUAGAUAUAAUUACCAAGACUACCCUAAUUAUCUCCAACAAGGCGAUGGAACUUAUAUACAGAACCAAUACUCUAAUAACCAAAACUUCACCCCCCAAGGUGACUUUGUACCUCAGUAUACAGCGGAACCACCGAAACCUAACCCAGAAAGAGUCAACAAUGAGGUCCAAAAGACCAGUAAUCCAAGGAAACCGGUAGAAAACUGGCGCAAAGAGAAGACAGAAGCAACUGUGAAAGAAGAUUCCAAUAAGACUAGACAGCGGAACUGGUCCAGACAAAGAUCUAAAGAUAAUGUUAAUGAUGAUGAAGAAAAAGGUGAAAAGUUCCGCUCCGUGUCUAGAAGCUCUCGUGAAUCCAGACAAAGUACUACCGGUUCCAGAAUGAACAGACGGAACAGCGGAGACAGUCAGGACCAAGGGAACUCUGAGAAGACUCCUCCUCGGAGACAUGUGACUGAAGUCCCAAGGAACCAGAAGUAUUGGGAUCAUGAUGAUAGAUGCGACAAGGAUUAUAAUAGUUAGUAAUAAAUUAGUGAUGUGAAGUGUCAGUGUUGCCAACUUAGUGCCAGCAGAAAUACAGACGAAAAACUUUUUGGAAGUCGAUUAUCUAAACGAUAAAUAAUGCAGGGUCAAACCGCGUGUCUCGUUUUGGAUGUUUUCGAUUUUUUAAUAUGGUAACCCUGGAUUUUUAAUCUAGUUUCGGUCUAAAUGUUACGGCCGCACAAAUUUAGAAAAUUAUGUACAUUCGCCUUUGAAAGUGCUAAGGUGUAUGAGGUGCUUACAGACUGUGUUUUUAUAAACACUAGGCUAAAAUUCUAGAUCGUAACCUAUAUAGAUAUGUAAUCUAUAGAUAAAGUAUCUAAUUGAAAGUUUUCUAAAUGUCAUUUUGUAUGUCACUGAAGGAAUUCGUCCAUACCCCUUUUUUUCUUUAUUUUGUGCUAGUUUCAUCUAUAGAUUAUAUAUCUAUGUUUUUAAUUUAAUUGUGGAAGUUUUCAAUUUAAAAUUGUGUUGCAAGUAUCGGUCCAUUUGUCACAAAAGAGCUAGUUAAAUACAUUUUUUAAGCAUUAUAAUGAAUUGUGGUUUAUUCAUUGUGAAUAUAAAUUUAAGGUACAUGUAAACUGCUGAAAUAUAGUUAAUAUGUUAGAAUUAAUUCAUUUAAAAUAAUUGAGGUUAGGUCGCUUAACAAAAUGGCGACGGUAUAGAUUUCCAAUUUUAAAUUAUGAACAAACUUUCAAAAGCGUGUGUUCUUUUUGUAUGAUCUAACAUUUAUGGCUAUUUUUGUAAUUUUGGCGGGAAACUUUAAAUAAAGUACAAGAGUCUGGUACUCAAUUGUUACAUUUGUAAGGUAAAAAAUUAUACUUUUAAAAACCACGGCCAGUUUUAUAAUCUGGUGUUUCCCUUUGCGCUGAAUGAGUAACCAAUCAAACAGCCCAUUAAGAUUUUUUUCCCAUUCAAAUUCAUUCUAUGGAUUCAAUCGGCCCAAAGGGAAGUAUAAUCAAUUAUGAUGGUUUAUUUUAUUACAAAUUACUAUGUGGAUACAAUUAAAAUUUAUAAAGCCUCUACAUACAUUCUCUACUAUCAUUUUUAACUUAAUAUCGUACUGUUUUGUUCAAAAUAUGUGUAAAUCUUUGCCUUUACAGUUAAAAUGUUUUCACAUGAAUAAUUCUGUAAUCUUCCUAAUAAAUUGAUAUAAUUUUACUUAAAUCUCAAAGUUAACAUAUGUUAUUAUAAUUUACGGAAUGUUUUGGGCCUUAAGAAAUCUUAUUUUUAUUGACAUUUAUAAUUUAAUAAAGCAACAGCUUGUGAAAAUUCAUCGUGACAUCAAGUGAUAGAUUUAAAAUUAAAUUUCUGGUGUAAAGUAUGUAGUAUUUAGUUAAUUAAUUUAUUAAUAAAACUGAGAAACAACUUAAAUAUUUUUUCUAUUAAUUUUUACUAUAAUUAUAAUUUAGAAAUUAUUCUGAACUUGAUUAUUACGAAUGAUGCAGAAGAAUAAAAAAGUUUUAUGCUUAUUUUUCAACUACAACAACCUAAAAUAGAAAAUGUCACAAUAUUAUUUGACAACAGUAAACUUCGACCAAACCAUAUAUUUUUUUAACAUCUAAUUUCAAAAGAGCGUGCUUAUUUAAAAAGUUCUUUUUAUAUAAUGCAUCGAGUUAAAUAUGAAGUAAAAGUAACAAUUUAUUAAGAAUAAAAAUAUGGUUUGGAAAAUGAAAACAAGCUGUAUGUUCUCAAUACCUUUGCUUGUAAUAAAAAAGUCAACUAUAUCAUUAUGUUGGCAGUCUUGGGUUGACAGAUGAUUUUAAAAAAUAAAUCGAUUGGAGGGAAAAUUACAGACUUCAAAAUUAUUUUAACUUCUUUAUAUUUAGCAAUCAUGAAUCGGUGCCUUAAUUUAUUCUCAAAAUGUACUGCCAAGUGCCUUGUGAGUCUGCCUGUACCUAAAUGCGUUUUUUAAUUGUUUUUUUUAUCUAGUUUGGGAAAACGUAUUAUGAUCGGUAAUGAACAUUUCAUACAAAAAAUAACCUCAAAAAUGUUUUACUUUAAAUGUCACCAAAAUUUUUAUUAAUGCAAUAAAUUGUCAAUUUAAUUUGAAAUUCUUAGUGCCUGUCCCACCAAAUUCUAAAUUGUCUGAUAAUAAUGCAAUGUGAGUGAUGGAAAUAACGGAUUUUGUUGUUUUAUCUGACUGACGUCAUUUUUAACCUAUCUGAGGCUAUCAGCCAGUGGUGGAACAUGUCCUUAGUAUAUUUUCUAAAAGUAACAUCGAUUUAAACUUAUUACAAUGUAUUUAUAUAAAUUGAAUAAUUAUGAAUAUGUCUAUGAUUUUGUUAACUAAAUUAAGAACUGCUGGCAGAUGAGAAGUGAUUAUUGUGCAAUAUUUGUCCAUAAUAAUGAAAUAAUUGCAAUAUAAUAGUCUUAUUACGGCAGAGUUUCAAAUAACGUACGUCUGUCUGUAGUCGAGUCAAGAGACCGUUAGAGCAAAGCAGAUUUUUAUGUCAAAUAAGAUUGAACUCUAAAGAAUUGAAUUAAAACUCGAUUUUCCUUUACACGUCUUAACGUUUGCUCUCGAUAGACGUGCAAUGACAAAUUAAGCUUUAUGUCAUUCGAAUAUGGCUCAAUUUUAUUUGAAAGUAUGUUCUGCUUUACUCUCCAGUCUUAACCACAAAGGUAACUUUCAAUUGUAUUAUUUGCUCAAUUUUAAAUUAGAUACCUCAUUAAUACAUGACAUUUUGACAUAA